AUGGAGAUGCAACGUCUUUAUCUAGAGGUUGAAAAGAGGGAUGCCUUCAAUAAGGAGGUAUCAAUUAUGAGGGCGAAAUUGCAGCGUUGGGCUUCUAAAACGGAAAUUGUAGAUGUUGAGGAGAAAGCUAGGGUAAUUUAUGGGGCCGUUAUUGAUGCCGCUCAAGUUGAGGGCAUGAGUAUCGAGUGGCCCAUUAAUCGCCACGAGGAUUUACAUAAUGCUUUGGAAUUAUUCUUGGUUGGCAAAACUGGUGAGAUGGGAAGUGGUGAUGGCUCUGGUGGUGGUGUUAAGGCCGCAUUUCAUGCUUGGAAGGGAACUAUACCCACUCCGAGCCAUGAGUUAUUGAGAAGAUUCUUGAUUAAGGAGCAGGAGAAGGAUCCUUUAUGCAAGGAAGUUCGCCAACUGUUGAAUGAAGGAGCGGACUUGUCCAAGAAAUGGUCGGUAUCUCCCGCAGUGUUCCACUAUGGUGAGAAUGUCUUCCUCCAGAAUGGUGUACUGUGUAAGAAGGAUCCUGUGGAUGAUGAAGAUGAUGUCAGAAUAUCAGUACUAACACUAUCUGCAGAGUUAUUGAAACACAAGUUCUGUUAA